CACACACACACGCUAAGUAGAUAUUUACUCAUUUGCUUUUGCUCGCUCACCGCCUCGCCAAGCUGGGGCAGUCGAAAACUCUGUUGGAGCAAUCAAGAUUCAGUCGGUUUUCAGAAGCGUUGCGUUGCGUUAUAAUAACAGAACAUAAAAGAAAUGCGAAGCGAUUGUGCAGGCACAGAAAUUACUCAUUAAAUGAAUGUGAAUAAAUGCAAUGAUAAAUGGAAAAAAGCUAAUAAGAAAUGCAAUAAUUGAGUUGAAUGUGAAAAAACGUGUAUUAAAUGAACAAUUUCAAUUGAAUUAAUUGAAGAUAAAAUCCCUUAUAGAGCAAACAAAAGCGUGCAUAUUUUGUGUAGCUCGCUUAUGUGAGUGCCUGCGCGUAUGUGUGGCAUGUGUGUGCGUAUGUAUGUGUGAGUGUAUGUGCGUUGGGAAUUGAAGUACUUGAAGAAAAUCUUUGCUCGCUGACUGCUCUUGGGAUACACUUUUGGGUGGCGGCAGCAACAGCAACAGCACCAGCCACAACGACAACGACGACAAAAACAACAACCACAACAACAAGUGUAACAAUAAACACACCAAAUGUAACAAUAACAACGAAGUUGACGCGCGUUUCGUUGUUUUUGUGGAGUAGUAUACUAAGUAGAAAAUGUGUAUGUGCCAGAAAGUGAAACGAAAACGGGAACACGCCUUUUGAAGCCAGCGUAGCCAUCAACCACCAGUUACUAGCCAGCAGUUAACAGCUAUCAGCUAGCAUACUAGUCAAACAGCUCCCUAACGCUAGCUGCUCCAAGUACUGCAACCAAAGCGAGCAGGAAUUUCAAGCGCAGCCUUAAAUGGUUGUAAGACAAUCACCAUCUAAACUCAAACAUUAGCAAUUCACGAAUUCAACUUAACCACUGACUAGUCAUUAUGGGUAAGGAUCAAGAGUUUUUGGAAGCUGCACGCAAUGGCAACAUCACCUAUAUCGAAAAGGUGCUCAAUCAAAGGGCAAAGCGCGCCGGUCCGUUAGCCAGUUUACGACGUGGACCUGGUGUCAAUAUACAGGACAGCGGCGGCUAUUCGGCACUACAUCACGCCUGCCUCAAUGGACACAGUGACAUAGUACGGUUGCUGUUGAACAACGAAGCUUCGCCGAAUCUACCCGAUUCACGUGGCUCGUCGCCAUUGCAUUUAGCCGCUUGGGCGGGCCAUCAAGACAUAGUGAAAAUGCUGCUAACACAUCCCUUCAAGCCGGCGCUGCCAAAUUUACAAACCAUCGAAAACGAGACGCCAUUGCACUGCGCCGCACAGCACGGACAUACGGGCGCUUUAGCGGUGCUGUUAGCGCAUAAUGCUGAUCCGAAUAUGCGUAAUUCACGCGGUGAAACGCCACUCGACUUGGCGGCGCAAUAUGGCCGCCUGCAGGCAGUACAAAUGUUGAUACGCGCACACCCGGAAUUGAUUGCACACUAUAGUGUGGCCGCGAUUGAGGGUGGCGACGCCGCCAUGAUGGUACAACAAUAUCAAAAGCCACGUCGAUCGUCGCCACUACCACACUCUGGUUCGGUUUCCACACCGUCACCCUCAUCGCCAUCGAUUACGUCUUCGCCCGUGACGCCAACGCGUAAUAUCUUCCCGCACACCUGUCUUCAUGUGGCCAGCCGUAAUGGACACAAGAAUGUGGUUGAUGUGCUGCUCGCUGCUGGUGUCAGUGUCAACUUGCUCACGCCGUCGGGUACUGCGCUUCAUGAAGCAGCCUUAUGUGGCAAGGAGUCGGUCGUGCGUACGCUGCUGAGAGCGGGUAUUGAUUUGAAUGCGACCGAUGCGGAAGGUCGUACUGCUUUGGAUAUACUCAAGGAGUUUCCACCGCAUGUUACAAAGCAUAUUAUUGCUGUAAUAAAUAACUUUCGCAACCAAAUGGAUGUGGACGUGGAUAGCGACGAGGUGGUCGUCUUUCGUCAUCAACAACCGCCGCCUCCACCACAGCGUCAAAGCAGCAGUCUGAGUCACUAUCAAAAACAGCAACAUAACAAUCACUAUCACUUUAAUUCAAACAAUCAUUUACUCAACCACGCACACUCGCUCCAACAGUCUUCCACAUUUAACAGUACUAACGUUGCAGGCGGCACCACCGGUGGCACUGGUGCUAAUAACAGUAAACAACGAUAUGGCACAAAUCUUAAUGGCGGCAAAUCGCUGGAUAGCGGUCUUCAACCGGAUCACUAUGCUGUGGGUCGUGGUGGCUACCACGAAGUGAAUUCUCCUGUGCACAGCACCUCCAAUAACUCUCAGAAUGAAAUAGGAGUGAGCCCUUCAUCGUCGAUGAGUAGUUUUGAGCCAGUCUCGGUGUCACCACGUUCACGCUCUUCAACAGGCGGCAUAAUCGCUAUAACAGUCAACAAUCCUAUGCAUAUGAGCACUUUUGCGCCUGGCGCGCCACCCAAAAAACCGCCACGACGAAACUUAUCCGUUUCGCCUACCCACUCAGGGCAACAGUUUAGCUACACAUCACCAAAUCAUCAUCAACAACAACAAACACAACAACGCACGCGACAGCAACACCACAGCCCCUCUGCGGAGAGUCCUCAUGGUGGGCAUCAAAGUCACGGUAGUGUGGGCGGCAUAAGCUUCGAUGAUACCACACAGUUGCGCGAUCGACAGAGAGGUGAACGUCUAUAUGCAAGCGCUCGUGAGAGUACACGUUCAACAACGGGCGCACUGCUAGCGUCGAGCUCAACUGAUAUGUUGGAGCGUAUGAACUAUAGCAGCGAGGAACGCGCCGAGUCUGUUGAAGGGCUGGCUACAUCCAACUCAAUGAAACGACCACUGAACAAGUCACGUGAUGUGAGCACAGAAAUAAUUAAUUGCGAAAACCCAACACUGAAGUCAUACAAUCCAAAUAGGAAGCUGAAAAGGAAUCGCAAUAGCUAUUCACUAAGCAUCAGCGACACCAAAGAGAAUAAAAAUGUCGAUAAACCACAAAUACCGCUCAGUCCGACAAACUAUCAGCAACCGCCGACACCCGAUCAUCCGCCACCCACUUCAAGUCAAGCCGAACGUACCAUACAUGAGCGCAUACGACCGCUCAGCAUGGAGUACAAGCGGCGGUCAGCGCUUAUACAGCUGCAGCAACAACAAAAACAGCACAGCAAAAGUAUGAUCGAUUCGAGUACAUCACCAGCCAAGCAAUGGCAGUCUGCCCUCAUACCAACGCCAACCUUUGAUUACCCAGUCGGCAGUCUUUCGCCGAAGCAAAGUACGAAUGCUUCACCCACAACAACACUGUCUAAUGCGCGACGUAGUGGUGGCGGCGGCAUACAAGGCUCCUCCGGUUCGCUUAGCUCAAGCGUCUCACUUUCGGAUCACAGUAUCUCCACCGAUUGUGUAGAAGAAUUCGUAGGCGAUGCGCCAUUUGCGGGACUCUUCAAAGGUUCGAGUGUUAAUUGGCGACAUGAGAAGCGUACAAUGGGUAAUCGUAAACUCGUCAUAAUAUCAGCAGCACGUAGCGCAUCCGCAUCUGCAGCGGAAGGUCAACAACCACAACGAACACGCCCACCUAUACCUACCAAACCGGUUUUGCCCGAAUGUAACAAAAUGCUUAAAUCUUUAACUGUGAACGCUAAGGACUUAAAGACAACAGGUAAUCAAGAAGGUUGUGACGAAACCGAAACGCGUAGUGAUAAUACUAGUCAUGUCAGUCAAAAUGUAAGUAUCUGCUUAGAGGUGGAAAAUGCUAAUGGAAAUGAUAAUGCAAAUGAUGCAAAUAAUGGUAAUGGAAAUGAGGAUAUCGAGGCGGCGCUAUCGGCAAUUACCACAGCCACAACACAAAGCAGCGGCAUACUCAGUCCCUUCAAUGCCGAAGAAGCACGUAAGAAGAUUUCAGAGAUUAUCGAGUCAUUUGGCAGCGGUAUACUGAAUACGACAUUAACACCAACAAACGAUAUCGAUUUGGAGUUCGAUGAAAGUAUCGAACCAACGGAACGUCGUGAGUUAGCUGUGCGGUUACGAAAUGCUGGACUGUUACACUUGGUACGCAUGCUCUUCGAGAAUGGCUAUGACAACUUUAAAUUUAUGAAUGGUGUCUUGGAGCCAACCGACACUCAACUUAUGGACAUUCCAAAGCCAGAUGCAAAUAAAUUAAUCACAUUUGUAGGCACUUUACCGAAGGCUGAAUUCCUACCACAAAUUGUUGUUUCAAAUAAAGAAAAGCAACGAAAAACCGAUAAGAACGGUGAUAUAGAAAAGAAAGGUGUCACAACACUCACCGAAUGGCUACAGAGUAUCAGUCUACCCGAGUACAUUGAAUCUUUCAGCAAGCAUCUGUACAACACAAUCGAUAGCGUGUGCGGUGUAUGGGAUGUCGAAUUGCAGACGGUACUAGAAAUCAACAAGCUUGGACAUCGAAGACGUAUACUCCAAUCGGUUGCUUACAUAAGGCAAAUACGAGAGCCGAAUAAAACAGAAAAGAGUGGCCAAAACGAAAACAACGAAGUACCAAAAAUAGCUACAUCCGUAAAUGGUGAAUGUGGCAUCAAAGAAGCACAACGGCAACCACAACAGGCGCAGCCGCAACAACGAACCUCAAUUACGGGUUACAGAAAAAACCGACCUGCACCGCAACCGCCUUGUGAAAAGCCACAACAACAGCCGCAAUUACAAAUACGCGCACCAUCGGAACUAUUGCUCGGCCUACCAGCAAAUUUACGUACAAAAUGGCGGCAUUCGGCAAAUGUUUUACUUAACGAACAAAUCAAAUAUGAAGUUUAUUAUCUGGGCUCGACGAUUGUGAAGGAGUUACGUGGCACCGAAUCGACGCGUAAAUCCAUACAAAAGCUCAAACAUGAUGAAGCCGUUGAACAACAGCGUUCUGGCAAAGUUAAUCGAAAGAAGCCGGCAUUGGUCUGCUUAGCCAUAUCGCAUUUAGGCGUUGAAUUUAUCGAUGUGAACAGCAAGCAAACAAUUUGUGAACAUGAAAUCCAAAAUAUUAACUGCGCCUGCCAAGACGCGGACGAUUUGCGGCAUUUCGCUUACAUCACCAAAGAGUUGGAUGUACACUACUGCCAUGUUUUCUAUGUUGAGAGUGCGGACUUGGCUACCGAUAUCAUACUCACUCUGGGACAAGCCUUCGAGGUGGCAUAUCAGUUGGCUUUGCGAGACGGUAUUACAACGACAACAACGAGCGUGUUCAGCGGCAAUUCGCUACUCAGUGGCGCCAAAACUGCUGAAACCGUGGCAGUUGAGUGAACACACAUAGGCAGAGCGAGAAGCCGUGAAGGGAAAACGAAAAAAGAUUACUGUUAAAUUACUACUUAGCUCAAAAGAAUGUUGUGCGAAAUAAGAAUAUAUAAAUUGAAUUUUAAAAUAUUAAAUAAAUAUUUAAUUGAAAUUAAAAAUAAAUUUAAAAAACUUAGAUGUAUGUACAAAUCGCUGUUAGCUGAAUUCUGCAAAAUACUGUUAAGUGAAAAUCAUUAUGGCAAGAUAGCUAUGUAUGUGUAAAAAACCGUUUUCAUUAAACAAAUUGUUGCUUAGAUGUAAAAAGAAAGUGUAAGAUAAAAUAAUCCAACUCAAGAUAACUGCAUAGAACAAAACUAAAAGAAACAAAAUGCAUUUUAAUAAAAUUUAGUUAUUAUUUAGUUAUGCUUCUGUUGUAAAGCUUAAAUUUUAAAAGAGAUUUUAAUAGUUUUUUGUACACAAUUUUAACAGCAAUAAUAUUUUAUAGCAACACCAAAGCAUGUUUGCAAUAUUAUUAAGACUUCAUUUAAUGACUGUAUUUUUAUAAUAAUUAACAAUUUAUUAAUACAAGCGUUGCUUAAGAAUGUUUAUAAAAUCUUCAAAAACAAAAGUGUUUAUAACAUUUGAUAGUCUAAAAUAUCAAGUUGUAACAAUCACACUUGCUUCAUUUUUUAAAUCCGCAUCAAAAAUUCAUAAUCAAAAUAUUGAAAAGUAAAUAAUAAUUAAAUUAAACCUCGUCACUUCCACAAGACUGACAGUUUAUAAGAUUACGGGUAUCAUAUAUAGACAGUCACAAGUUAGCGUUCCACAAUUGAAGUACCACAAAAUAUUAUAUACAAGUAAUUUAAUCAUGUAAUGGAUUAUGUGAGCACUAUAUACAUAUAUUAGAUGUGCUUUACGGAUUUUUAGCUCUUUUUAAUUUACUUUUAAAUUGCAUUUUUUCGAAUAUUAAAAGGUUUCAUUUUUCCUCGCUUUUUGACGUGCAUCAAAGUAACGCUUUAAACGUUUGCAAUCUAC